AGUACCAAGUCUUACUUCAAUAUUGCUAUAUUAUUUAUUAUAAAUCUUCUCAAUUAUAUGGAUAGGUAUACAGUAGCAGGAGUAUUAACAAAUGUUCAAAGUUACUACCAUAUCGAUGACGCCUAUGCUGGCUUAUUACAAACAGUGUUUAUGACAUUUUUUAUGGUUGCUUCACCAAUUUGUGGAUUUUUAGGUGAUAGAUAUGUUCGGAAACGGAUUAUGGCAGUUGGAAUAGCGGUGUGGGUACUGGCUGUGUUAGCAUCGACUUUUGUUCCAGCUAAUAUGUUCUGGAUGUUUAUGUUGUUUCGUGGAAUGGUCGGAAUUGGAGAAGCAUCGUAUGCUGUGAUUUCACCGUCGAUCAUUGCUGACAUGUUUACUGGCGCGAAUCGAGGUCGAAUGCUCAUGUUGUUCUACUUUGCGAUCCCUUGUGGAAGUGGUUGUGGAUUCAUGGUCGGCUCAACAGUUGCAGCAGUUACUGGUGAUUGGCGCUGGGGUGUCCGAAUAACAGCAAUAUUAGGUGUUCUGUGCCUUGUUAUGAUAAUUGUUUUUAUCGAAGAACCAGUACGAGGCGCUGCAGAACGGAAAAGUGGUGUUCUUGGGACUGAACUGAUCCGUACCACUUAUUCUGAGGAUCUCAAACGACUGCUAUUGAACCCGACUUACAUUUUCUCCACAUUCGGCUAUACAGCGAUUGUGUUUGUGGUUGGUACGUUAACAUGGUGGGUACCAACAGCAAUCGAACAUAACUAUGCUUACAACAGAGGACUAAACAGGACGGAGCAACUGAAUCCUCAAACGAAAGCGCAGUAA